CAAAAACAUAGCCCACUCCUCUUCCCUCAUUCGGCCGAUCUAUGAAGAAAGAGAUCUCUCGAACUUCACAUGAAAGCAAAGAAUUCUCAAACUCUAGGGUUUCAAGAUUCAUACUUGGCUUGAUUCAGUUCAGGUUUUUGGUGAUUGGAGUUCAAUCAGAACAAUCAAUGGCGCAUCAUGUUUGACUCCGUUUACUUACUUUCUCUGCUUUGUCAUAGCUCAGGAAGCAAGAAAUCAACGGCUGUAUCUUCAUCAAGCAGUAGUAUUUGUAUUCAUCAACUUAUCUUAACUGCUCGGUAUUUAAAGUUUAAACGUAGAUCAGUGAAAGUCUGUGUUUGAACUUGCUUAAUUAGGCUCUGGUUUUCCGGGAGAGUGAGAAGAAAAUUCCUGUUUUUUUUCUUCUAUUUUUUUUUCGGGAAAAUAGGGGAGUAAAACUUUAGGCAAUGGUGGGUGGGAGGGGGAGAGGGAUACGUUUUAGCAAACUCUAUACUUUUUCGUGUGUUCGAUCUUCGUUUAGGGAAGAUCGUUCACAAAUUGGGCAGAAAGGGUACACGAGAGUAGUGUAUUGCAACGAUCCUGAUAAUCCAGAAGCGGUUCAGCUAAAUUAUAGGGGGAAUUAUGUAUCCACUACCAAGUAUACUGCAGUGAAUUUUUUACCGAAGUCUUUGUUUGAGCAAUUUAGGAGGGUUGCGAAUAUAUAUUUUCUUGUUGUGGCUUGUGUUUCGUUUAGUCCACUGGCUCCUUACUCCGCCCUUAGUGUUCUUGCACCGUUGUUGGUGGUUAUUGGAGCUACCAUGGCCAAGGAAGCUGUUGAAGAUUGGAGGCGAAGAAAACAGGAUAUAGAAGCCAACAAUCGGAGGGUCCAAGUGUAUAGGAAUAAUAGUUUCUGCAAGGCCAAAUGGAAGGAUCUCAGAGUUGGUGACAUUGUUAAGGUUGACAAGGAUGAAUUUUUUCCUGCUGAUUUGUUUCUACUCUCAUCAAGCUAUGAGGAUGGCAUUUGUUAUGUUGAGACAAUGAACCUUGAUGGAGAGACUAAUCUGAAACUUAAACAUGCUUUGGAGGAGACAUCUUCUCUCCGUGAUGAAAAAUCAUUUCAGCAAUUUAAGGCAGUCAUCAACUGUGAGGACCCAAAUGAAGAUCUUUAUUCCUUUGUUGGAACUUUGUCCUAUAAUGGCACCCCCCAUGAACUUUCCUUGCAACAGACUCUUUUGAGAGAUUCUAAGCUUAGAAAUACUGAUUGCAUUUAUGGUGUAGUUAUUUUUACUGGGCAUGACACAAAAGUGAUGCAGAAUGCUACAGAUCCUCCUUCAAAAAGGAGUAAGAUUGAGAGGAGAAUGGAUAAGAUAGUCUAUAUCCUCUUCAGUACUCUAGUUUUAAUAUCUUUUAUUGGAUCUGUUUUUUUUGGAACUGAGACUAGGAAAGAUAUAAGUGGUGGAAAGUAUAGAAGAUGGUACCUUCGACCAGAUGAUACAACUGUGUUUUAUGACCAAAGACCAGUACUAGCUGCAUUUCUUCAUUUCUUGACAGGGCUUAUGUUGUAUGGAUAUUUGAUACCAAUAUCAUUGUAUGUCUCCAUUGAGAUUGUGAAAGUUUUACAGAGUAUUUUCAUUAACCAGGAUCAGGAUAUGUAUUAUGAGGAAACAGACAAACCAGCACAUGCACGCACAUCUAAUUUGAAUGAGGAGCUUGGUCAAGUUGAUACAAUACUGUCUGACAAAACGGGUACUUUGACAUGUAACUCCAUGGAGUUCGUAAAAUGUUCAAUAGCAGGCACUGCUUAUGGACGUGGUAUGACAGAAGUGGAAAGGGCAUUGGUGAGGAGAAAUGAUAGGCCACAUGAAGUGGGUGAUGCUUCAUCUGACUUACUAGGUGAUAGUGGUGAAAGGGACUUGGGAAAGCCAAUUAAGGGUUUCAACUUUAGAGAUGAACGCAUAAUGCAUGGUCGGUGGGUUAAUGAACCUCAUGCAGAUGUUAUACAAAGGUUCUUUCGAGUAUUGGCAAUUUGCCAUACGGCCAUUCCAGAUAUAAAUGAAGGUGAAAUUUCUUAUGAAGCCGAGUCACCAGAUGAAGCAGCCUUUGUCAUAGCUGCAAGGGAGCUUGGUUUUGAGUUUUUUUCAAGGAAACAAACGUGCAUCUCAUUGCAUGAGUUAGAUCAUAAGAGUGGCAGAGAGGUUGACAGAACGUACAAGCUUCUUCAUGUCUUAGAAUUCAAGAGUUCUCGUAAAAGAAUGUCUGUGAUUGUAAGGAAUCCAGAGAAUCAGUUGUUGCUCCUUUCCAAGGGUGCAGACAGUGUAAUGUUUGACAGACUCUCCAAGGAGGGGCGAAUGUUUGAGGCUCAGACCCGGGAUCACAUCAGAAAAUAUGCUGAGGCAGGGUUACGUACUUUGGUACUUGCGUACCGUGAUCUUGAUGAAGAAGAGUAUGAGGCAUGGGAAGAGGAGUUUUCAAGGGCCAAAACUUCUGUUGGUGCAGAUCAUGAUGCCUUGGUGGAUGCUGCUUGUGAUAAAAUUGAGAGGGAUUUAAUUCUUCUUGGUGCUACAGCUGUUGAAGACAAGCUGCAAAAAGGGGUUCCUGAGUGCAUUGACAGGCUUGCACAGGCUGGUAUUAAAAUCUGGGUCUUAACUGGUGAUAAAAUGGAAACUGCAAUUAAUAUUGGGUAUGCAUGUAGUUUACUGAGGCAAGGGAUGAAGCAAAUAGUGAUUACACUAGAUUCACAAGAUAUCGAUGUUUUGCGGAAACAGGGGGACAAGGAGGCCAUUGCAAAGGCUUCUUGUGAAAGCAUAAGGAAGCAAAUUAGAGAAGGAAAAUCUCAACUUAUUUCAGCUAAAGAAAAUUCUGUCUCAUCUGCUCUGAUAAUUGAUGGUGAAUCUCUGAGUUUUGCUCUCAACAAGAAUCUUGAGAAGUCAUUUUUGGAACUUGCAAUAGAUUGUGCUUCCGUUAUUUGCUGUCGCUCUUCUCCCAAACAGAAAGCUCUUGUUACAAGAUUGGUCAAAAUGGGGACAGGCGAAACAACUCUAGCAAUAGGUGAUGGGGCAAAUGAUGUUGGCAUGCUUCAAGAGGCUGAUAUUGGAGUUGGCAUUAGUGGUGUCGAAGGCAUGCAGGCUGUGAUGUCCAGUGAUUUUGCAAUAGCUCAAUUCCGUUUUCUGGAACGUUUGUUGCUGGUUCAUGGCCAUUGGUGUUACAGGCGAAUAUCAAUGAUGAUAUGCUACUUCUUCUACAAGAACAUUGCUUUUGGGUUUACCCUAUUUUGGUUUGAGGCUUAUGCUUCUUUCUCUGGUCAACCUGCUUAUAAUGAUUGGUACAUGUCCUUCUACAAUGUCUUCUUCACUUCACUUCCUGUGAUUGCUCUUGGUGUUUUCGAUCAGGAUGUUUCCGCACGCCUUUGCCUCAAGUACCCUUUAUUAUAUCAGGAAGGAGUACAGAACAUUCUCUUCAGCUGGCCCCGAAUACUUGGGUGGAUGUCUAAUGGGGUUAUAAGCUCUAUAAUUAUCUUCUUCUUCACCACCAAGUCCAUCAUUCCCCAAGCCUUCCGAAGAGACGGCCAAGUAACUGACUUCGAAGUCCUUGGGGCCACAAUGUAUACUAGUGUAGUGUGGGCAGUGAACUGCCAAAUAGCACUCUCCAUCAACUACUUCACUUGGAUCCAACACUUCUUCAUUUGGGGCAGCAUCAUCUUCUGGUAUAUAUUCUUGGUGAUUUAUGGAUCUCUCUCCCCAACGGUGUCUACAACAGCAUACCGGGUUCUCGUUGAAGCCUGUGCUCCCAGUGUUCUCUACUGGCUGGCCACCCUUCUCGGUGUCAUCUCCACUUUGUUGCCCUACUUUUCAUACAGGGCUUUCCAGACAAGAUUUCGACCCUUGUACCAUGAUAUAAUUCAACAAAAACGGUCAGAAGGCUUAGAGACUGACGACACUCCCAAUGAGUUGCCUCACCGGGUCAGGGACAAAAUACAGCAUCUGAAGAUGGGACUGAGGCGGAGUUGACAAUGCCAGUCGAUGUUCGCAUUAACCCCAUUAGUUCCUUAGCUUCUGUACAUGUUACACGCAUUUUAAACACAGGUAGGAAGGUGAUCAUGUAGAGUCGCAAUGUAAAAAGCCAAUGAAUUCAAGUAUAAUGGGGGGUAUCCCACCCUGUACCUGCGCUCUCCCAGGUACCUAAUUAUCCUAUGUAAGCUUCUUUUGUGUGUAAUUUUGAUGAUAUAUGAAUGCAUUCCUUUCCCCCCGUAUCUCCCA